AUGAAUCACUUGGGUUCUACAAACUCCACUUUGAACGUUACCACUUUGAGAGAAUUAGCGAGAAAGGAGUUGACAAGUGUUCUUGACUCAGUGCGGGGAAAAAAAUGUUUGGUGUUAGAUCCAAAUAUAAGUUCACCUUUAAGUUUAAUCGCUGAAUUUUCUUUACUAAGGGAUCAUGGUGUCGAAAAAGUACAUUAUCUUCAACAAGGUCCAAUAGAAACUGAGUUACGAAGUUUAAUUUAUAUUUGUCGGCCUCAAUUGCAAUAUAUGAAAUAUAUCGCAGAACAUAUUCAACAUCAUCAAGAGGAAAUUUCGGAUAAUCCUAAUGCUCAAAAAUACGAAUACAAUCUCUUUUUUGUUCCUCGACGAACUAUGAUUUGUCAAAAGGUUUUAGAAGAGGCUGGAUAUCAUCUUGACUUUAUUCCUUUCGAAGAUGAUCUCUUGUCUUUAGAAUUGGAUUACACUUUUAAAGAACUUUAUCUGGAUGGAGAUUAUACAUCAAUUUAUUAUGCUGCAAGAGCGCUUAUGAAGUUACAAACUUUAUUUGGAUUAUUUCCAAGAGUACUUGGAAAAGGUGAUUGUGCAAAGCACCUUGCCGAUAUGCUGCUUCGUAUGCGCCGUGAAGUGGCCGUAGAUGAUCCAUCUUCUACGUUGGUAGUAUCUCAAAAUAUAGAUUCUCUCAUAAUCAUCGAUCGAUCAGUUGAUCUUAUUACACCUCUCUGUACACAAUUAACAUAUGAAGGGUUAAUAGAUGAAGUAUUUAGUAUUCGUGCAUCACACGUGGAAGUAGAUUCAUCAAUUGUAGGACCUGCUCCGCAAAAAUCGACAAAAAAGAAAAUUGCUCUUAAUUCAGGAGAUAAAUUAUUUGCUCAAUUAAGAGAUAUGAAUUUUGCAGUAGUGGGAAGUGUUCUUAACAGAGUUGCCAAAAGAAUUAAUGAUGAUUAUGAGGGAAGACAUCAAGCUAAAACAGUUGCCCAAAUUCGAGAAUUUAUUAAUAAAUUAGGAGGGUUACAAUCGGAGCAUCAAUCUCUAAGAACUCAUACUGGCAUUGCUGAAGAGAUAAUGGGAGUUACUGUUACACCAGAAUUUAAUAAAUCUCUAGAGGUGCAACAAAUUGCAGGUGUCGAUGUAAAUACACAAAAUGAUUGUAUAGAAGAAAUGAUCAAUCGACAGGUUCCAUUAAUACAAGUUUUACGAUUGUUGUCUCUCCAGAGUCUUGUGAAUGGUGGAUUAAAACAAAAGAAUUUCGAAUUUUUCAAAAAAGAAAUAUUACAGACCUAUGGCUUUGAACAUCUCCAAACGUUAUUGAACCUUGAAAAAUUAAAUAUGUUUGUAAAACAAGUUUCGACUCGUAACCCAUACGCUUAUAUUCGUAAAUCACUUCGAUUGAUUGUUGAUGAAGUGGAAGAAAACAAUCCCCAUGAUAUUUCAUAUGUUUAUUCAGGUUAUGCACCUCUGAGUGUACGUUUGUUACAAUGUGUAGUUACUAAAGGUGAUAAUGGGAUUAAGAAUAAUGGAUGGAAAGGAUAUGAGGAUGUAUUGAGAAUGUUACCAGGUAAAACAUUUGAUGAAGUUCAAAGGAAAGAAGAUAGUGUUAUUCGUCCCAAAAGAUUAAUACAAGGACAACAACCACGUGUGACACUUAUAUUUUUCUUAGGUGGAUGCACUUAUACCGAAAUUUCAGCAAUACGCUUUUUGGCACAGCAAGAUGAUGGUCAGCGUGAAUUUGUUAUAGCUACUACACAAAUUAUCAAUGGAAAUUCUUUAUUAAAUUCAAUCAUGCAGAAAAAUGAACAUCCAGGAGUAACGGCUGGCACGUUGUAA